CAUACUAGAUACAUACAUACACAUAUUCCAUGAAUAAUCAAUCUAUACAUUCAACCUUAAACGAUGAUCAAACAACUACAGAUGAUCCACCACUACUACCCGGAUUACCAAACCACUUAGCCCAAAUAAUCCUUUCAACCAUCCGGCCAUCCCUUCUCUCCGCCGUGUGCCGCCAGUGGCGCCACCUAAUAUAUACACAAUACUUUCCACCUUUUUUAUCACUAUAUGCCAUAGUUGCUAAUAAUAGUAAUAAUGACGUAAAUUUUUUCACUUUUGAUCCUAUUUUAUCCAAAUGGACAAAGUUACCUCCUCCUAUAAUCGACCCGCCUAUACGGUUUUUAUAUCGACAUCCUUCGUUUAUAUCGCGAAAUUUGUCUAUACAAUCUUUAACCGUGGCCGGGUAUUUAGUCCUCAUUGCGGCCACGGAUUGUAAUUUUUUACCGGCUUUGAUACGUCCUUUGGUUUUUGACCCUUUUGUUGGAAAAUGGCUUCUUGGUCCUCCUUUAAGUUACCCUCGACGGUGGUGCGCCACCGGAUGUGUUGGUGACACCGUGUAUGUUGCUAGCGGUGUUGGAGCUCACUACCGUGGUGAUGUGGCCCGGAUGGUUGAGAAAUGGGAUUUUAAGAAGCCGGGAAAUCGCAACAAAUUAAAUAAUUCUAGAGACGAGUGGCGGUGGGAAGAGGUGGCCGGGUUAAAAGAUGGGAAUUUUAGUAGAGAAGCGGUGGAAGCAAUAGGGUAUAAAGGAAAAAUUUGCAUGGUGAAUAUGAAGGGCAAUGCAGGGAAAGAAGGCGUCGUUUACAACGUUAAAGAAAACCGAUGGGAGAAAAUGGCGGUCGGGAUGGUACAAGGUUGGAACGGGGCGGUAGGCGGGGCGGUAGAGGAGGAACAAGAGAUAAUGUAUGUUGUGGAUGAAAAGAGUGGUAGUGUAAAGAAAUAUGAUGAUAAAAAUGAUUGUUGGCAAGAGGUGAUUCAAGGGUCGGAGCGUUUAAAAGGGGCGCGGCAAAUGGCGGUCGGUGGUGGCAAAAUUUGUGUUGCUUCUGGUGAUGGUGGACGGAUUACGGUGGUGGACGUGGCGGCAGAGUGUGGUAGAAUGUGGGUGGUGGAUCCACCAAUGCCGGAAUGUGAAGUAAUUUCGGUUCAUAUUUUAGGCAGGCCUUGUAAUAUUAGUUAAUGGAAAUUUUAGCGUAGUUCGUUAGAUUCAUUAUUAUAAUUCACUUGAUAUUAAAGUAAGUGAAUUUUUAUAUAAUGUAACGUAUUUUGAAGAAGUCUUGUCCGGCCUUAGAUUUCUUUUAAUAGAUUGAUAUCUUU